AUGGAUUCUCAAGUCUUUCCCAAUGACGAGAUCUUCAGAGGUCUUCGCUCGUGUGCGGAGCGCUUCCCAGGGAUUGCAGUCAAUGAUCCAGCAAACGGAGUAUCAACAAGCUACGAUCAGCUCAUCCGGAAUCUUGUGGCCACCCGCAAGAGCAUCCAAGAUGCUCUACCAGCGAGCCUUUUCGACGGUCGAGGAAGGCUCCUCGACAACUCGAUAUGGGUUGGCUUGCUAUCACCACUUUCCGAGGACUUUAUUGUUGGCUGUCUAGCAAUUCUUUCCAUUGGGGGAGCUAUUAUGCCCAUGGCACCCGGGAUUCUCCCAGAAGAAGCCAAUCACUUUCUUGAGCAAACUGAAGCUAGUUUGCUCCUCGUAACAUCUGGCCAGUAUGAAGCAGCAGCCAAAAUCCACCAACACCGACAGCUAAGGGCCGCUGUGCCUCAGCGUCACCUCCAUGUCGUGACUAUCACCUGCGGCCACAGAGACUAUUGUAUGGAUACUGCCGCGCAUCUGCAGAUCGAUGACACCCUGAGCCUCCCCUCGAAUCGGCCCGGGUUGAUUGUCUUCACGUCGGGGACGACAGGUCCACCCAAAGGGGCGGUGCUACCGCGACAGUGCUUGUAUCCCAGGGAGUUGUGCACACCAGACAACCGCCGAGUCAACCUAAGCGACCGCGUGCCUCAUUGGCUUGGCGGGAUGGUAUGCACUUUGCUGCCUCUGCUAACCGGGCACCUGAUUGAGAUCAUGAAGCCAGGGUCCCCGGCCGAGGACUACUGGGAGCUUCUCAAACAGCAGCGAGUCACCAAGGUGGCUUGGGGUCCCAUGACCUUGUCCAAGCUAAAGCAGUACUAUGACGACCACCUCAAUUCUUUACCCAGCACGGAACUUGAACCAUACCUGAGUGGGGUUCGAGCUAUUCGAGAAAUCCGCUUGGGCUCGGCUAUGCCCACGGCUACCUUGGUUGAGUUCUGGGAUCGAUUGACGGAUGUGCCGCUACAGAUGGGGUAUGCCGCAACGGAGGCUGGCGGACUGAUCAGUAUGCUACCAAACGUCAAUCCGACUAGAACAUCGAUAGGUCGACCCCUCCCCGACGUGGAGAUGAAGCUCUCCGAGGGCACCACAGGAGAAGUGCUGAUCAAAGGCCCCCGAAUUAUGUUACAUUAUUUAAACGACGAAGAAGCGACCAGGGCUGCAUUCGACGACGAAGGAUUUUUCCGAACGGGCGACCUGGCACACAUGGAAGGCAACGAGUUCGUGUUUGAGGGACGUGCUUCGUCGGACUUCAUCCAGGUCUACGCAUAUCGGGUCCCCGUUCUGCCAGUUGAGAAUGCAUUAACAAGCCUUCCAUACGUAGCUGAGGCUGUCGUGGUUGCAGUACCAGACGGCGGAAUCGCCAACCAGCUGGGAGCUUUAGUACGGCCACGACCAGGAGCUGGUCAGGUUCUACUGCAUCGUUUACAUAGCGAUCUGUCCAGGUCGUUGCCCGCAUAUACCUUUCCUACAAAGCUGCGGGUAUUGCAGGAGGAGGAGAUCUUGCCCCGGACUGCCACUGACAAGGUCAAUAAGAAACAGGCCGUAGCGAGGUAUUUUCUAGGGAGCGCUGCAGGAGCUGUGGAGACAUGUAAAAUGUCUAAGAAUGGGAAGGAAGGGCCUCAGAAGGCGUGGGAUUGGGCUGGGUUGCAGUAA